GACGUGAGCACUGGCAUGGGGUUGCACACGGGCUCCGAGAAGGCGACGCUGAGGACAACAGAGAGGGGCAGAGGGUGGGGGAAGGCCAGGACGCCAAAGCUGAGUUCCCAGAAACCGGUGGCCGACAACCCCGAGAGAAUUGGGAAGGUCUGGCGGGGCGAGGGGACGCCGCGUACCGCCGGGCGGACAGCCCUCCAGCGCGAGACGGUGCCAAAGGGGCGGCCCGCGGUGCACACCGAGCCGCGCUCCGGGAACAGUGCGCCCGGCACGCCAGGGGCUCAGCGCCGGCCAAGGGCGGCGGGCGGCGCUGACUCGGCGGGGCGCGUGCAAGGGCCGGGGCGGAGCCUUUGCGCCCGGAUCUCCCCUGACUAUAAAGGGAGCUCGCGGGCUCCUAGGCUCCACCGCUCCUUCCACCACCCGGCUGCUUGUUCAGACCUUCUUCUUGGAUCUCCAGCCUCAUCUCGGCUCGAAAUGGACCCCAACUGCUCCUGCAGCACUGGUGGCUCCUGUGCCUGCGCUGACUCCUGCAAAUGCAAAGAGUGCAAAUGCACCACCUGCAAGAAGAGCUGCUGUUCCUGUUGCCCUGUGGACUGUGCCAAGUGUGCCCAGGGCUGUGUCUGCAAAGGAGCAUCAGAUAAAUGCAGUUGCUGCGCCUGAUGUGUGGAGAGCCCUACUCCCUGAUGUAAAUACCUCAAUGUGUAUAAACCUGGAUUUUUUUCAUAACCCCCUGACCCAUCUGCUACAUUCCUUCUAUGAAAUAUCUGAAUGAUAAUAAAAGUCUUUGGCUUCA